AUGCAAUUGCAAUUUUCUAGCUUGGUCCUAUCGCUAGGCGUUUUGACUUUCGUUGCUGCUUACAUUGAGAGGUAUAGAGAUCUUCGCAUCGUAUUGGAAUACGAAUACAAACCAAAAUAUUGGUUCUCUCAUUUUCAGUACGUAAAUUUCAAUGGACGAGGGCCUAUUAAAGAUUGGGAUAGUAUAGUGAUUACCUAUAUAGAUGAAGAGUAUAGAGAUUUGAUGAAGAAGGAAAUGGAGAGUGGGAGGGCAGAUUUCGAUGCGACGAGAUAUCUUUUACUGAGAGAGAUUAAAGAAGGUGACGCUUUGGGCAAAGGUGUGGCAGAACUCGACGAAUACUGGAUUAAAAUGUACGGAGGAAGCGAAGGAACUACUUCUGAUCCCAAAGCCUUUAUUCAUAAGACCCUGGUAAAAAAUCGAGAAACAGUAGUAGAGCGACUUAGGAAGUGGGUGUACAAUGCUGUCCAGCCUAUCAAAAAUGUACUUCUAUGGGGAAUAGCAAUAAGUCGAAAUGCAGGUACAAUUUACGAAGGAUCGAUAUAUACCAUCUCACUAAAUGGAAAUGCUUGGCGAGUCGCUACAUUACCUUCGGCAUAUGGUAAAGACUAUGAUCCGACUGCAGCUCUCAAUAUGACAGAGCGAAUUGGCUACUGUAUAGAUCGUGAGUGGGACAAGCUAAGAAGGGAAAACUUUGCAACGAUUGGCUGGCGCUGUACAACUGACAACCAUGAUAAUUGGCAGCCUGAUAUAUAUUUCAUGAUAGAAGACGGAUUUCUUCUUGUUUGGGAUUUUUAA